UUUCGACGAGAUUCCUGGAACAACAUGAAAUACGUGGAACUCUACGUGGUGGCAGAUUACACAAUGUUUCAGAGGUUUUCCCGGGAUCUCUCGGUGACCAAGAGCCGGCUCCUGGAGAUCGCAAACCACGUGGACCAGUUUUACAGAGCGUUCAAUAUCCGGAUUGCCUUGAUUGGGUUGGAGGUGUGGACACACGCUGACCAGAUCCGAGUUAGUGAGGAUGCCACCAGGACCCUGUAUGCCUUUCUGAAAUGGAGGCGCCAGCUCUCAGCUCAUACCAAGCACGAUAAUGCCCAGCUGGUGACGGGCAUCACCUUUAAGGGGACGACGAUUGGAAUGGCCUCGCUGGAGGGAAUGUGUUCCCCCGACAGCUCGGGGGGCGUCUCCAUGGACCAUUCAGCUGCUGCGAUUGGUGCAGCUGUAACUAUGGCUCAUGAGAUUGGCCACAACCUCGGACUGAGGCAUGAUGGUCCGGGAUGCUGUCUCCAGGAGGAGGAUGAACAUGGCGGCUGUAUCAUGGCAGCAGCAACUGG